UAAAAUAAAUUGAUUUGAACGGUCGAGCGCAAUCAAUUAUCGUUUAAAACAUUGGAUUUAAAAUUGAUUAGGAAAGAGUAACGAAAAAGUGUAAAUUUGAAAGUUCUAAAUAAACUUCUCGAAUGUUACAGCGAAUUUUGAGGCAUCAGUAGAUUGCGUGGCAAGGUCGAAGUAGAUUUUCAAUAGACGUUUGCGGAGACAAAUUUAACUUCGACUACAAAGCUUUUCAGUUAAAAUGGCUUUGAGAUCCGUUUAUUUCGUGCAUAUAUUAAUUUCCGCACUUAUAUUGACUGAUAUUGGAAUCUCAGCGAUCGAAGAAGGCGAUUCCUUCACAUUACUCUUUGGAAGCGAGAGAUUAUUGGAAAAUUUACUCCUUGAAGUCACCAGUAUUAAAGACAGUCUUAUCGCGGAAAGCCAACGAAGUCUCAAAACCCUACUUGAGGACCAUCGGAAUAUUCGAAACAUUGUCAUCACAAUUGAACGCGAUUUCAGGAGACAAAAUCAGGAAACGAGGAUGAGAAUGCAAAAAUUUAUUAGCGAUGAACUGGAAACUCAUAAAAUAAGACAGCAACGGAUUGACCUAGAAACAAUCGAACACGCAAUGAAGUCACAACGGGAUUGGUUUACUAAAGAAAUACAACUGUUCGAGGCGAAGUUACUGAACAAAAUACAAGACAACCAGCAACUUCGGAAUGCUCAACAGAACGAUAACAGCAAUGAAAACACACAGUACGAAAAACUUGAGACACAAAUAAAAGAAUUUGCUGAGCAAUUGAAACAAACGACAGCCAGUUUCGAACAAGCACACAACGAAAUAAAACAUUCCUUUAACCAAUCGAAUGAGAUAUUGACGGAUCUUAAAAAUUAUCCAACGCAGUUUUCAAAAUGUUCAUCAAAGACAGAAACUCCAGAUGACUUUUCAUAUCAAGCCUUUUUGCCAAACGCUACUGCCGAAGUAGUAAUAGUCAACUCAAAGCCGUUAGGUAAGCGUUCAGCUUCCUGCGAUGAAGCAAUCAAUUCCAAUAAAGUGGAAAAAAACGGUGGUGUUUACGCUUUAGAAAUAACUGAACGCAGCCUAACUAUGCCGGCCUAUUGUUUACCUGAUCCAAAUAAAGGUAAAGCUUGGCUUGUCGUACAACGUCGUAUCGAUGAAACGUUAUCAUUCGAUCUAGGACGAGAUGAAUACUGGAAUGGUUUCGGCAAUUUAAAUGGUAACUUCUUUAUUGGUCUUGAAGCUAUACACAAAAUGAUGCUACCAAAUAAAAAUACCGAAUUAUGGAUACAAUUGGGUAUAAGCACUGGAGAAAGUCCAUAUGAAUUCUAUAAGGAUUUUGUUAUAUCCAGUGAAAACAAGAUGUAUCAGUUGAUGUCUGUGCAUGGAGCAGAAGGUACGGCAGGGGACGAACUUACAUCUCUCACAGGUGAAGUAUUCAUUCAUAGGAAUAUUGGCACUAGACUUUGGAGAACUUGCGAUAAACGACUGUUAACUGGUUGGUGGUACCCAGGAGAUGGAAUUUCAUGCGGUACUGGAAACUUGAAUCGUGACUUCGAAAACAUCACUUGGGGUGAUUGGAACCAUAUAAUUUAUACGCAUAUGGCAAUAAGACACACUGAUAAGCCCGUGAAAGUAGUGAUAAAGUAAAAUGCUAAAUAAAAUACCUAAGCACAAUGGGACUAAUGAGCUAAAAAUAAACACAUUCGGCAUGUAAUGGAAAGUAUUUGGCACAUAUUUUUGGAGUUUAACAACACGGAAAGCAAAACAAGAAAAUAGCAUAAAUAAGUAUCUGUAUAUAUAUCUACAUACAUACGAGGAGGCACAAAAUUAAUCAUCCAAUUUUGUUUUUGAAUAACUUUAAUACUAAAUAAAUAACAGAAAAUGAUUUUGAGUGAUGGAAAUCUUGA